ACGAUCCCAAAUGUAAUCGCACGCGACGGCGAUAACAAAACGACGCGCCGCAAACCGGUUUUCUUCGCCCGGGCAUUGUCUCGGACUCUCGGGUCGCCGCCUAAUUCGAAACUCGCGACGCGUCGUCGAAUCGUAUACCCCGCGAUAUUCCGAUUUCACGCCGCGGUUCCUCGACCGACGCGGCCGCGCGCACGUCUUUCAAACGGGUCCGAUCCGAUUAAACGCGAUGAACGGAGCCGCGCCGGCUCGUGACACAAUGCAAGGGCACGACCCGUCAUGUGAACGAUGUUGACCUGUUGAAGGGGAGGAAAGAGAGGAAAAAAAAACCGCUGGCCAAACAUGGAUCUCACCGGCCGCGUCCUGGUGCCUCUGCUCGUUUUCACAUUCCUCGCGUCCGCGCGAUGCGAACUGAUAACGCUCGGUGUGGUCGGCGCGUUGAGCAGUUUAGGUUAUUACGCGUACGACAAGUACAAGUGCGUGUACCUGGAAUGCUGCACGGACGAGUACAUUCAGGCCGACUUGGACAGGCUGGAGUACAUGCUUACUGCCAAGUUAUAUGGUCAACAAAUCGCUCGCGAAACUAUCAUAAGCGCGCUGCGGGGCCACUUGGAAAGUCACAGUUCGCCCAAGGCACUGGUUAUGAGUUUCCAUGGCACGCCAGGGACUGGCAAAAACUACGUGGUACAGAUGAUCGCCAAAACUUUUUAUAAACACGGUGCCCAGAGCAAGUAUUUCCACUUUUUCAACGGUCGCAACGACUUUCCUCUGCAACGAAAAGUGGAUGAAUACCAGGAAGAUUUGUACAAAAUUAUCUCCAACAGUCUGCAAUCGUGCGAGAGGUCGAUGUUUGUAUUCGACGAGGUGGACAAAAUGCCGGAGGGCCUGCUGGACACACUGGUCCCCUUUCUCGGUUACAACAGUUACCACAAGUCCACCAAGAACGGCGAAUCCAUGUAUCUGAACAAAGCAAUUUUUAUAUUUCUCUCCAACACCGGCAGCAUCCAGAUAGUCCAGCAUCUCACGAACCUGUGGGAGAGGGGCAUGAAGCGAGACGACCUACAGCUGCAGGAUUUCGAGAGGUUGAUAGCCGAAGGGGCGUUCGCCGAGAAGGGUGGUUUCCAUCACAGCGACACUAUACAGACCAGUGUGAUCGAUCAUUACGUGCCUUUUCUGCCUCUCGAGGAGGUGCAUGUUAGAAAAUGCUUGGUAAGGGCUUUCAACGAGCGAGGGGUCUCUCCUAAGGAGGAGAUGAUAGAGGAGGCGCUAUCGCACUUGACCUUUGGCCCCGAGCCUCACAAGUUGUACUCCAUGGCCGGCUGCAAGAGGAUAGAACAGAAAGUUGCCACUAUUGUGUAUCGCAAACAAUCGGAGCCUAAAACUAUUGAGAUAAUUUAAAAUGUUUGGAUAAAUUGUUAAUAAAACAGCAAUACUGAUGAAACGCUGUAGUGUAAGCAUUUAUAUAACAUCUCGAUAAGACCCUUUAUUGAUAGAAUUUCUUAUUGGCACACUCAGAAAAAUAUGUCUAACAAUUAAAAAAAUAGUAAAAGUAAUUUUUCGUACUUACAGUA